GAAGGAAUUUCGGGAUCGUAUGAUGGGCAUUUCCGGUGCAGGGUCACGUGACGCCAUGCACUUCCUGCGCGCGUGUUCCUUUCGCGUGCGGAUUCCGACGGAACCGCGGCUCCGCGGCGGCGUUCCGGCCCCGCGGCGGAUCCGCCAUGGCCUCCACCGCCCGACGUGACGCGCCCGAGCCGCCCGACUUCAGCAUCCUGAAGCGGUUGGCGCGGGACCAGCUCAUCUACUUGCUGGAGCAGCUGCCCGGUAGGAAGGACCUGUUCAUCGAGGCCGACCUGAUGAGCCCCCUGGACCGCAUCGCCAACGUCUCCGUCCUGAAGCAGCACGAGGUGGACAAGCUGUACAGGGUAGAGAACCGACCAGCCCCCAGCACCAGCGAGCAGCUCUGUUUCCUCGUGCGGCCGCGGGUCAGGACGAUGCGGUACAUUGCAGACAUUGUCAAUGCUGACAAGAUGUCAGGGAGGAGCCGGAAAUACAAGAUCAUCUUCAGCCCCCAGAAGUUCUAUGCCUGUGAGAUGGUGCUGGAGGAAGAAGGAGUCUUUGGUGAUGUCACCUGUGAUGAGUGGUCCUUCUACUUGCUCCCCCUGGAUGAAGAUAUCAUCAGUAUGGAGCUGCCCGAGUUCUUCCGGGACUACUUCUUGGAGGGAGAUCACCGCUGGAUCAACUCAGUUGCUCGAGCCCUGCAGCUGCUGAACUCCCUGUACGGGCCGUUCAGCAGGGCCUACGGGAUUGGGAGGUGUGCCAAGAUGAGCUAUGAGCUUUGGCGAGACCUGGAGGAGGAGAGCGAGAGUGAUGGGCAGGGUAGAAAGCCAGAGAUUGGGAACAUCUUCCUCAUAGACAGAGACAUGGACUAUGUCACAGCGCUGUGCUCCCAAGUGGUGUACGAGGGGCUAGUGGACGACACCUUCCGUAUCAAGUGUGGGAGUGUGGAUUUUGGGCCAGAAGUCACCUCUUCUGACAAGAGCAUUAAGGUGCUGCUCAAUGCCCAGGACAAGAUCUUCAGCCAGAUUCGGAACGAACACUUCUCCAGUGUGUUCGGCUUCCUGAGCCAGAAGUCGCGCAACCUGCAGGCGCAAUAUGAUCGCCGCCAGGGCAUGGACAUCAAGCAGAUGAAGAACUUUGUCUCCCAGGAACUGAAGGGACUAAAGCAAGAGCAUCGCCUGUUGAGUCUGCAUAUUGGUGCCUGUGAGUCCAUCAUGAAAAAGAAAACAAAGCAGGACUUCCAGGAGAUGAUCAAGGUUGAACAUGCUCUAUUGGAGGGUUUCGACAUCCGGGAGAGCACCAGCUUCAUCGAGGAGCACAUUGACCGGCAGGUGUCCCCCAUUGAGAGCUUGCGCCUGAUGUGCCUGCUGUCCAUCACAGAGAAUGGUCUCAUCCCCAAAGACUACCGUGCCCUGAAGACCCAGUACCUGCAGAGCUACGGGCCUGAGCACUUGCUGACCUUCCACAACCUCAAGCACAUCGGGCUGCUGACUGAGCAGUCAGCUGGAGAGACCCUGACCGCAGUGGAGAGCAGAGUCAGCAAGCUGGUGACGGACCGAGCGGCAGGAAAAAUCACGGACGCAUUUAAUUCUUUGGCCAAGAAGAGCAACUUUCGAGCCAUCAGCAAGAAGCUGAGCUUGAUCCCGCGGGUGGACGGCGAGUACAACCUGAAAACGCCUCGGGACAUGGCGUACGUUUUCAGCGGGGCCUACACUCCCCUGAGCUGCAAGAUCAUCGAGCAGGUGCUGGAGCGCCGGGGCUGGCAGGGCUUGGAGGAGGUGGUGCGGCUGCUGAAUGGCAACGAGUUUAUAAUGGCAGACGGUGCGCUGGAAGAGGGCGCGGGCGGGGACGCGCAGCGCGUUGUCCUGGCCGUCUUCCUGGGGGGCUGCACCUUCUCGGAGAUCGCCGCUCUCCGCUUCCUGGGCAAGGAGAGAGGCUGCAGGUUCAUCUUCCUGACCACCGCCAUCACCAGCAGCGCCCGCAUGAUGGAGGCCAUGGCCGAGGCCAAGGCGUGAGGCCGGGCGGGGGGCGGCGCUGACGGAGCCGGGGCUGCGGGGUGCCCCCGUUCUGCUCAAUAAAUGCCGCUGCUCCUCUC